CAGGUUCUCGGGCUGAUAGACGACUUCAGUCAGUCAGUCAGUGGCUCGUGUGCGUUUGUGAUUCAGUGCGAAAAGGAAGUCCUGCAGGAAAAUGAUGGCUUUGAGGGCGCGCAGCGUGAUGCAGAUCGGCGAUCGGGUGCUGCACAGGCACAUGUCCAGCGGCGCGGGCAAGCGCGUGGGCUUCGUUGGCCUGGGCAACAUGGGAGGUCAUAUGGCGAGCAAUCUUAUCAAGAAGGGUCACAAACUCAAUGUGUACGAUAUCUCGGCGCCCGCCUGCGAAGCCCUGAAGGCCAAGGGCGCCACGGUGAGCAAGAGCUAUCAGGAUGUGGCCAAGUCGUCGGACUUCGUCGUCACGAUGCUGCCCAACAAUGAUAUCGUCUCGGAGACGUACAAAGACAUGGUGUCCGGCGGCGUGAACAGCGACACAGUCUUCAUUGACUCCAGCACAAUCGACCCCAACGUGGCGCAGGCCGUGCAAAAGCUGGUCAAGUCCAAGGGCGCCACGUUCGUGGACGCUCCAGUGUCGGGCGGCGUGCCCGGCGCCGCGGCAGCCACGCUCACGUUCAUGGUGGGCGGCACGGAGGCGGAGUACCAGACGGUGAAGGGGCUGCUGGAGGGCAUGGGCCAGAAGAUCACGCACUGCGGCGGCUACGGCAUGGGCCAGGCGGCCAAGAUAUGCAACAACAUGAUGCUGGGCAUCUCCAUGGUCGGUCUGUCCGAGGUGAUGAACCUGGCCAUCCGUCUCGGUCUGGACGCCAAGACGUUCGGCGACAUUGUCAACUCCUCCACGGGCCGCUGCUGGUCGUCCGAGGUCUACAGCCCCGUGCCCGGCCUGGUGGCCACGGCGCCGGCCAACUUCGACUACGCCGGCGGCUUCGCCACCAACCUGAUGACGAAGGACCUGGGCCUGGCCAGCGGCGUCGCCACGUCCUCCAACACGCCCAUCCCGCUCGGCGCCAUGGCGCACCAGGUCUACCGCACCGUGAUGGCGCACGGCCUGGGCGACAAGGACUUCUCCGUGGUGUACGACUUCCUGCGCAACCAGGAGAAAAAGUGAGCUCACCGGAAACGCCCCACACGCACUCGAAGGAAAGCUUUAAAGCGAUGCAUUUAACUUGUUUAUAAUCCAGAAUCCAGUAGAGAAUUAACGCCCCGAAUUCACCGUUGACCCAAAAUAAAGAGGUUUAUUUUACAAA